AUGAAAUACUCAUAUGUUGUGGUGGCUCUUGGGCAAACCGCCUUUGCUCUGGAUUCUCAACAUGUCGGAUUAGAGAAGCGCUUGAAUAACGGUCUAGGAUUGACACCUGCUAUGGGAUGGUCAUCUUGGAAUGUAGCCCAGUGUGCUUCAGCGUCCGAAAAGUACGCACUCGAUACUGCGAACAAAUUUGUAUCUCUUGGACUGAAAGACUUGGGCUACCAAUACGUCAAUAUCGAUGAUUGUUGGUCCACCAAAUCAAGAAACUCCUCUGGCAGCCUCGUCCCCGACCCCAGCAAAUGGCCUAAUGGAAUCAAAUCUGUCGUCGAUAAAAUCCACGGAAUGGGACUGAAGAUGGGGCUUUAUGGUUGCGUCGGAACCAUGACCUGCGCAGGGUACCCGGGUUCUUGGGGUCAUGAAACCCAAGACGCCAAAUUGCUGGCAUCAUGGGGGAUCGACUUCUGGAAACACGAUGCUUGCUACACGCCUUGUACCAAUGGUCAAACCCCUCAAACAUGCUGGAGUGCGGCUUACAAUACCCGUGCCUGGUACGAGACGAUGCGAGAUGCCCUCGCAAGCGUCAAGGAUACGAAGAACAUCAUGUUUAACCUGUGCCAAUGGGGACGUGACAGUGUCUGGACCUGGGGCAAAGACGUUGGUAACUCAUGGAGGAUUGAGGGUGACAAUUGGAUCGAUUGGGCCAGCGUGCAACGGCUGGCAAGCACCGCAGGAAGAGUGUCUCAAUACUCUGCUCCUGGUGGCUUCAAUGACAUGGAUAUGCUUAUAGUAGGACUCAAUAAGCUUACGACUGAGCAAGAACGUCUUCACUUCGGUCUUUGGGCGAUCUGCAAAUCACCUCUUAUUCUCGGCAAUGACCUGAACAAGAUCUCUAGUGCAUCUCUUGCAAUUAUCAAGAACAAGGGUAUCAUCGACAUCAACCAGGACAAGCUCGGCAAAUCCGCCACAACGUUUCAACCUCCUGGCUCAGGAGCCCCUGUCAACGGCAAGAUUCACCCCUACUGGGCGGGCCCUUUGAGUGACGGCGUCGUCAUCGGGCUUGUCGCUAUCAACGGUGCGGGAACCAUGUCCGUCAACUUCAAAGACGUCCCAGGACUCGGCUCCGGAACGUACAGCUGGAAAGAGAUGUACAGUGGAAAGACCGGAAGCGGCACCAGCGUGUCCUUCAGUCUUGGACAACACGAUAUGGCAGUUGUCAAGGUCACUACAAGCGGUGGCUCGCAGCCUACACAAGCUCCCACUAGCUCCGCAUCAUCCACCAGCGCGCCGCCCCAGAACACUGGAGGUGGCUGCCAGGUGGAAAAAUGGGCUCAGUGCGGCGGAAGUGGCUACACAGGAUGUAAGACUUGUGCUGCUGGAAGCUCGUGCUCCGUCUUGAAUGAUUUCUAUUCGCAAUGCAUCUAGUUC